UUUUUUUCUUUGUAGUGCUUGUUCUUCAAUUACCCGCCCCACACCUCCUUUGCACCUCUGGGAGAGGCCCAACUGAUUUAUGACAACGGAUACAGUACACCAGCGUCCAUUUUUCCUCUUCAAAUGAAAUCAAGGCACACCCAACGUGAUACAAUACCGAUACAAUGGGAUUAUCUCAUUGCUCGGGCAAUGUGUUAGACAAACACCCAAAUCCAAAAUCCAAUACGUCUUGACGUUUGUGUCCGCUCGCGUCAUUGGAACGAUUGGAAAAGCUGCUUACCUGGAAGCCAAAAUAUCUUCAAGAUAAUCUUCUUUCAAACAUGCCCACACAACUUCAACCAUGUAACUGACCGAUCGAUUGAUUGACCAUUAGGGAUUCUAAAACAAUGGCCAAGAAAUAUGCCGAGGGAGACAACACUCCUUACACUGAGCUUCAAGUCCAGGAGGAUCACUUGCCACCAAAACUGUCCAGGCUGAGGACAAUCUUGCUCAACUUUACUCAGUAUGGCCUUAACUUCAUGGUUCUCUUACUUAGUGUGGUGGUGGUACCUGCACAGGUAGAGAAAAUGUCAGGCGGCACCCAUAAAGGCCGUACCAUGGGCGGCAUGGUCGCAGGCGGAGCAGCUGUAACGUUUCUGCUGAGUCCACUUAUUGGUAUGGUGAGUGACAGAACGACCUUACGGCUGGGCAGACGUCGUCCCCUGAUGAUCAUAGGCACCUUCUUCCUGUGUUCCGGCCUGCUGGGCAUGGCGCUGAGUGCACCACACAUCAACGAAUAUAACCCUGAGAAGGACCAGGCCAACAUCAGCGGUCGAUUGGAGACCUCUUAUAGCAACAAUGAAACCAUUGGAGAUAUUAUCCUGAUGAAGAAUAUGGAAGCUGAUAAAGAGCUGCACUGCGAUGUGGAUCUGGUUGAACGACGGUGCUGGCCUUUCCAAGAGAACCUGAGCCACGUGGAGCCUCCUCCCCGGAGGUCUCACGACUUUGGCAAUGUGGCUGGCCACGCCCAGGGGGUUGUGCUGCCCAAGGACCUUGACAGCAGCGGCGCGGAGAUAAAGACAUCAGGGAAUCUAGCUCUCUACGUAGUCUUCUUCCUCCUGGUCAUCUCCUCCCAGGCCAUGGUGGCCGUUCCUUUCAACGCCCUAGUGGCCGACAAGUCACACCCAACUCAAAGAGGGUUUAACUCUGGGGUGAUGGGCGCCAUGAUUCUACUGGGCAACGUAUCGGGCGCUAUCGCUGGGACCGCCUUCACGCGUCUUGGAGUUCUGCCCAUGUUUGGGAUCAUCAUAGCCGUCCUGGUGAUCUCUAUCACUAUAUCACUACUGAGCGUGACGGAGGCUGUGCCCAAACUGGACGACGGCAUUGAACCAGUCAGUUGUAAACUUAUAUUUGUUGGCUUCUGGAAACCUUUGAAAGAACACGACUUUCGCUGGGUUUUUAUAACAAGGUUCUUGAUGCAACAAGGAGUUGCAACAAUAACAGGGUUCCUAGAGUACUGGCUCAACGACAUGGUGCCUCUGCCUAACUGCUGGAGUGCUGCUACAUCUGUCGCUCUCUUGCUACUUCCGCUGCUGUUUGCCGCCGCCAUAAGCUCUGUGGUGUUCGGUAUUGUGUCAGACAAUACUGGCUACAGGAAGAUCAUUGUGGCUCUAGCAGCGUUCACAAUGGCACUAGGAGCAUUCAUCAACGCAUUCCUGACAGGGAAAUAUGCUUACUACAUAGCAGGGCUCAUGGCAUUCAUUAUAGGGUUAGGGUUUGGCGCCUACCAGUCCGUGGAUUUCGCCCUCGUGAUGGACGUCCUGCCAGAGGAAUCGGACAAGGCUAAGGACAUAGCGGUUUGGCACCAGGCUUUAGUCCUGCCCCAGGCUUUAGCUACACCACUGGGCGGACUCAUCCUUGACCUUUUCGAGAAGGUCAACUGCAGGAUCGGUUUGGGCUACAUCAUCCUGUUUCUGGUGACUACUGUCUACUUUAUACUCAGCGGGCUGUUCGUUUUCAGAAUCCGCAGGCCACGUUAGUUGUAUAGGUCUUCGGGGAAGAACGACGAAUCGAUAUACUAACAGCACUAGAAAUCGGUCAUCAAUGGGAAUAAAAAUCUGGCCAAUAUUAACAAAACACUAUACUUUUAAGAUAUUUAUUAUAAUAAAAUAAAUAAUAACCAGCCAUAACAUCAUAAUCAUGAUUUAUCUAUCUAUCUAUCUAUCUAUCUAUCUAUCUAUCUAUCUAUCUAUCUAUCUAUCUAUCUAUCUAUCUAUCUAUCUGUUUGUCUGUCUGUCUGUCUGUCUGUCUGUCGAUCUAUAACAAAGUUACAUUAAAGGUCUAUUGUUCUAUUACGGUAUGAACAUAAUUUAAAAUACGACAACAAUGUAUUCUUGUUUUUGGCAGUACAUUCCUCAUGUUUUAUCAUAAUGCGGUAAAUGUUCCCCAGUGUGUAGCCCCUAACUAAUUUUUUUUUAAAUUUUGGACAAUGAUGUUUUUAUUUGCAAAUCCAGAACUAUAUUGAGAAAUAGAGAGAAUUUCUUUUCUCUCUGCUGUACAUACAAUUAAAGAUUUACUGGAUGGGUGGCUGCUGUGCUAUUGAAAGAGAAGGCCCAUGAAUACAUAAUUCUGAUUAUCUCAGAUUUAAGUUUCGGUUCGGACCUUGAUUAUUUUGCAUAUUAAUUUUAAUAAUAUUUAAUUUUUAAUAUUAAUUUUAAAAUAUCUACGAAUGUACAGAGUAAUACUAUUCGACUGAAUAUUUCCUCUCGUUAUUCAAAGACUGGUUGAUUGUCGCAAUAUUUGGUUCAAAUUGUUACUAUCGUGCGUUGAUUGUCUCCACACGUUGUGUUGUCGCAAUUUUACUUGUUGUGUCUCUUGUUUUCCAUACCUAUAAAUCUACUUAACAUGCUGGUGUUGAGUUUAAGUAGAGGAGGAGAAAUUGGUCGUUGAGCUUUUAAAAUUGAUUUUUUUCUAAAUAAAAAAAAGAAAAAAAAAUAUUCUGACCACUCGUUAAUCGUGGGCCACAAAAACAGAUGAUCUUUACAUUGUCCAUUGUAUAGAUUGCAUGGUCUGAAAUGGGAACUUACUAAAUAUUCUCUUUUUGCUAGUUCAUAGUCAUUGAAUUUUUUAAACAGUUUUAUAAAAGACAAAUUGCGUUUAACAUCUAGAGCUCUUCAAUAUUUCAGCGAAAUAUAAAAAAACAACAUUUUGUUACAAAUCAUGAAGAGAAAAUGCUUCAUGUAGAGUUCAGAUAAAAAUUAGUAGACGCCGUGAUGUCAUACUGGUCAAUGGACAUGACAGUGGGGCAUACCACUGUGUUGUCAUUGUUUGCUGUUAUGUGGGUAGUUCCUGUGUGUUGUCCUUACGUCUUGUCAAUGUGUGUUGCGAUGUGUGUAGUUUCAAUGUCUUGUACAUGAGUGUUGUCAUGUGUGUAGUUACUCUGCCUUGUCCAUGUGUGUAGUCCCUCUGCCUUGUCCAUGUGUGUUCGUUCUGUAACCGUCUUCAAUCCACAGCAUUAUUUGCAUGUGUUUUUCCUCAUUUACUUUUUGAUGUCUGGAUAUGUAGUUAUAACAACCAAAAAAUGGAGUCUGUCUCUUUGAGUGUGUAAAACCUUUAAAACAAAAAAAAAAAACAGAAACAAAAAAAAAAAAAGAGAGAGAAGAGAAGGGGGUGGGGAGAGGAGAGAUUAUUUUGAAACCCUUCUCUCAAUAGCGUGUUCAAUCUCUGAGACAUUCUCUUCCAGUGAUGAACGGUUCUCAAAUCGAUUUCCAAUCAGCGUUUCUGAACUUUUGACUUAUUGCAUAGAAAUAUAAAGAGUAUUUAAAAAAAAAACUGACGUUACUUUUCAUCCUGUGAAUAGAAAAGUUUUAGUAAAAGGUAAUGUCGGUAAAGGGUUUAGGUAUACAUACACCACUUUAAAAUGAAUGUUGACACUGAAUGAAGUCGGAGGAUCUGUUAAGUAGGUCAAAACCAAAAUGGUAUAAAGGUCAAUUUCAGGUGCUAGGUAUAGGCUUUAAACUUUUUCUUCAAUGCAUAUGUUGUUUCGUUUUGUUUUUAUUCAUUUUCUUUCCAAAAAAAAUUAAAUUUAGAGAAUUGGAAAUUGUAAAUGUUUUUUUUAUAUUACGUAGUCACCCGUUUUUCUUUUACAGUUAAGACUUCAGUUUAAAUGUUUAAACUAGGCUCAACAGGUCAAUGAAGAUAAUCACUGACCUAGCAAUAUCUAGAUUCAAUAGGUCAAUAAACCAUGAGCAUUCAAUUAUGCUAUCAUCUUGAAAAAUUUUGUAGAAAAGAUGGGAAAGAACGUGACUUAAGAGGUGUUUGUUUACGAUUGGUGAAUGGGGUUCAAUCACGUGACUUAAGAGAUGUUUGUUUACGAUUAGUGAAUGAGAUUUGUAUUCCUUUCAUGUCGCCUCUUACAAAACGUCAGCAUUUGCCUCUUUGUGUUAAUGUCGCAAAGUUUCUUUUCAUUCUACGUUAUUCUUGAUAUUUUAAACAUUGUCGUCAACAAACGUCUGUUACUUAAAUCUACGUGUUUACAUGUUAUAUCAUAAACUUUCUAUUUUGAUAUAUCACUUCAUAUUUUUGAAAAAAGAAAAUUCAUAUAUCAUGUAAAAUUAUGUUGAAUAUAUUUUCUUUGAAUGUUGUAAAAGUUUAUAUAUAAUAUAUACAAUUUAUAUUUAUAAAUAUAUUUAUAUUUUUUCCAUUUUUCAAUGUUGUAUAAUUUUAAAUAUAAAAUACUUUUUUUUUCUUAUAUAUGAGCGUCAUUGAGUUGUAAUAAAAUAUUUUGAAAACUA